ACAUGAAGGAGCAAAAUGGCUGGAUAUUCUUGUACGGUAUAGGCACGCUAUCAUAUUUUUGUAUUUUAAUCAAUUACCAGAUGGUGAUUUCUUUAAAAAAUGGUGAGAAGUUGCUGUGCAUAUAACUGCACGGAGAGUGAUAAAAAAUGAAGUGGGAUUUCUUUUCACAGGAACCAAUAGGCUCUUCAAUUUUCAUCAACUGUGCGUUAUGUCUGCUGUGCACUGGAUAUGAGUUGCUACUGGAUUGCUGGAGUGGAGAACAGUUAGCCAGAAAAAGUGAGAAGGUUGGAGUAGCAGCCUACCAAUGCCAGUGGGAUAGAAUGUCAAAUAGUUCCAGAAAGAAUCUUGUCCUACUCACUUUGAGGGCCCAGAGACCAAUACAGUUGGAUGUCAGGCCUUAUUUGAUUCCAAUGUCACUCAAAACUUAUGUUCAGAUAAUGAAAGCAUCAUUCUCCUGCUAUACACUUCUUCUAAGCAUCAAAGCAGAAAAACACUAAACAACCAGUUGAUAGAUGAUUGUUGUCAACUAGUUUGUAAAUCUUUGUUGAAUGGUUGUCAACUUAGAAAACGUAGACAUUGACACAAGUCAAUCAGUUGAUAGAUGGUUGUCAACCAGUUGACACAUGAUUGACAAUAGUCAACUAGUUAAUAGAUUUUUGUUGAUCAGUUGAUAGAUGGUUGUCAACCAGUUGACACAUGAUUGACAACAGUCAACUAGAUUUUUGUUAAUCAGUUGAUAGAUGGUUGUCAAUAGUUGAUAUAAAAUGGUUGUUAAUAGUUCAUAGUCAAUAGUUGUUUGUUAUAGGCCUACUUACAUAUUGAUUAUUGAAUAGUUGAUUAUAGAAUUCAUCUUACAUUAAUACUAGCUUAUUUAUUUAUUCGUGGACAGAAUCACAAAUCAUAUAAAUAUGAUUAGGAAGGAACAACAGGCUUGGCCCAAAUCUAAUCCAUUCCCAAAUUUUGAUAAAUUCAUAAAAUGU